UGACGACGCUGGAAUGGACGAUGGCAGAGUUAAUGAGACACCCCGAGAUAAUGGAGAAGGUUCAAGCAGAGGUAAGGCAAGCUUUGAAGGGGAAGGCCAGGAUCGAGGAGGAAGAUAUCAAUAAAUUCCAUUACAUGAAGUUGGUGAUCCAAGAGUCUCUGAGAUUGCACCAGCCAGGUCCGCUGCUCCUGCCGAGAGUCUGCCGUGAGACAUGCCAAGUAGACGGCUACAAUAUCCCUGCAGGGAGCAGGAUUAUCGUCAACGCAUGGGCUGCGGCAACGGAUCCGAGGUAUUGGGAGGACCCGGAGAGCUUUAGGCCUGAGCGAUUCGAUGGCAGCUCGGUGGACUACAAAGGUGGCAACUUUGAGUACAUGCCUUUUGGUGCAGGCAGGAGGAUUUGCCCGGCGAUGACCUUUGGCUUGGCCCAGGUGGAGAUGGCCCUGGCCAACCUACUCUAGUACUAUUUUGAUUGGAAGCCCCCUAAUGGGAUGGGCACCAAUGAUUUGGACAUGACCGAGUCCUUUGCGGCAGCCGUGGGCUUGAAGUCGCCUCUGUGGUUAAUUGCUACUCCUUACGUGCCCAUCAGAAUGAUAUAUCGCUGAGGUAAUUAGAUGUUGCUUUUAGGGUAGAAGACUCUGCUGCCAGAUAUCUAUGUGCACUAUUGCAAGCCUGCCUUUGUGCUCGUGGUAUAAAAAAUUAUUGCGUCUUUGCAAUUAAAAUAGUGCUUUUAUGGAGAAAUAAAAGGUUUGGAAAUAAAAUAAAACGUUACUUCUGCUGAUCUCAAA